AAUUACCGCGAGGUGCACCUCCGCUCUCGCCCCAUCUGAUAUUAAACGAAAAAAUGUGCAGUGUACUUUUGAUUUUCACAUCGACAGGAAGCAACAGCUGCUGCAUUUUACACCCCAUUCCUUGGGCGAGGUAGCUCCGCGGUUCCGCUGCAACCCCAUUUUGAGAUCCAUACCAUGAAGCUGAUCACGUGUGACUUCAUAUCCGGUUGCUUUGGCGGUGCAUGCGGCGUUCUGGUGGGCCAUCCGUUGGACACAAUCAAAACAUGGCAGCAGUUCUCCAAUAACAGAAUCAGCUCAUCAAUUUACAACAUAGUUACGCUACACAACGGGCUUCGAGGAUUCUACAAAGGAAUGUUUUUUCCAUUCGUUACAAAUGGCGCCGUGAACUCGGUCGUUUUCGCCGUAUACGGGGACCAGCUGCGGACUCUCCAAGGAAGUUGUAGAGCGGAUAGAGAACGAGAGCGGCUCUGGCGAACGCAUGUCAUGUAUGCUGGAUCGGUGGCAGGAGCAACCCAAGUCUUUCUCGCGUGUCCCGUUGAGGUGGUUAAAGUUCGACUUCAAACACUCCAAUAUAUUGGUCACCCGUGGCGCUGCUCACGAGAUAUCCUGCUUCGCGAGGGUAUCUGGGGCCUGUAUCGGGGCUUCACACCGAUGAUGUGCCGUGAUGUGCUACCUUACGGUAUCUAUAUGCUGGUGUACGAGUACAUGAUGGCAAUCGAGGAACGGCUUCAUCGGAUGAACCAUAAGCGGCAGCUGGGAACGGGUAUCGGCAGUCCAUACGAGGCUUCUCUAAUAGCCACGGCAGGUGCAACGGCCGGAGUUAUUUCUUGGCUGUUUGUGGUCCCGUUCGAUGUCGUUAAAACGGUCAUGCAAUCGGAAACGGAUCCGACGGUACACAAGAAUAUGGUGCAUUGCUUUCGACGUCUGGUCGAGCGUCACGGAUGGAAAUCGCUGUUUCGUGGAAGUAGUAUGAUUGUUGCCCGGGCAGCUCCAGUCAAUUCGGCUACCUUUCUGGGGUAUGAAUGGUGUUUGGGGCAGUGUCGUAAGUAUUUUGCAAUAGAUAGUACCUGAAUAAAAAAAUAA